GCGCGGGAGCGGGAGGCGGCGGACCUGGGAUCUCUUGAGCGACCCCCGGCGUUCGCCCGCUGCGCCGAGGCCCGGGUGGUAACUCACCGGCCGCCGGGCCCGUCUGGGUCUGGCGCCCACCGACCCCUCUCCGGGAGCGCUCCCGCGAGCGGCGCCGAGAGCCGGACCCCAGCCGCGACCCCUGGCGCCUGGCCCUGCGCCCGGAGGUCUGCCGGGAACUGGCCCAGGUGAGGGCACAGGCCUGCUUCUGGUGGUGGUUGUGUGGCAGCGGCGGCAGCGGCAGCCAGGACUAGAGGCCGAGGGGAUCUGGGAGCCUCAGCCCCACUGCAGGCCCCAACAUGGCACCGUUCCUGCGCAUCUCCUUCAACUCCUACGAGCUGGGCUCGCUGAAGGCCGCAGACGAGGCAAGCCAGCCCUUCUGUGCUGUGAAGAUGAAGGAGGCUCUCAGCACAGAGCGCGGGAAGACGCUGGUGCAGAAGAAACCCACCAUGUACCCCGAGUGGAGGUCCACGUUCGACGCCCAUGUCUACGAGGGCCGCGUCAUCCAGGUCGUGCUGAUGCGGGCCGCCGAGGAGCCGCUGUCCGAGGCGACGGUGGGUGUGUCCGUGCUGGCCGAGCGCUGCAAGAAGAACAAUGGCAAGGCCGAGUUCUGGCUGGACUUGCAACCCCAGGCCAAGGUGUUGAUGUCAGUGCAGUAUUUCCUGGAAGACGUAGAUUGCAAGCAGUCUAUGCGGGGUGAAGACGAGGCCAAGUUCCCAACGAUGAAUCGCCGUGGAGCUAUCAAACAGGCCAAAAUUCACUAUAUCAGGAACCACGAGUUCAUCGCCACCUUCUUUGGGCAGCCCACGUUCUGCUCCGUGUGCAGAGAGUUUGUUUGGGGUCUCAACAAGCAAGGCUACAAGUGCAGGCAAUGUAAUGCUGCCAUCCACAAGAAAUGCAUCGACAAGAUCAUCGGCCGCUGUACAGGCACUGCAGCCAACAGUCGGGACACCAUAUUCCAGAAAGAACGUUUCAACAUCGACAUGCCGCACCGGUUCAAGGUUUAUAACUACAUGAGCCCCACCUUCUGUGACCACUGUGGCAGCCUGCUCUGGGGGCUGGUGAAGCAGGGAUUAAAGUGUGCAGACUGUGGCAUGAACGUGCAUCACAAGUGCCAGACGAAAGUAGCCAACCUCUGUGGCAUCAACCAGAAGCUCUUGGCCGAGGCCUUGAACCAAGUUAGCCAGAGAUCUUUAAAGAAGGAAUCAGAGGCCCAAGAGACUGUUGGGAUCUACCAGAAUUUUGAGAAAAAGCCAGGAGUCUCUGGAGAUGAUGUCACAGAAACUGGGACCUACGGCAAGAUCUGGGAGAGCAGCACCAAGUGCAGCAUUGACAACUUCACCUUCAUCAAGGUCCUGGGCAAAGGCAGCUUCGGGAAGGUGCUGCUCGCAGAGCUGAAGGGCAAAAAGGAAUUCUUCGCCAUCAAGGCUCUCAAGAAAGAUGUGGUCUUGAUCGAUGACGACGUGGAGUGCACCAUGGUGGAGAAGCGGGUGCUGGCGCUCGCCGGGGAUCAUCCAUUUCUCACCCAUCUCUUCUGCACCUUCCAGACCAAGGACCACCUGUUCUUUGUGAUGGAGUUCCUCAAUGGGGGCGACCUGAUGUACCACAUCCAGGACAAAGGCCGCUUCGAGCUCUCCCGUGCCACGUUUUAUGCGGCUGAGAUAGUCUGUGGACUACAGUUUCUGCACCAGAAAGGGAUCAUUUACAGGGACCUCAAGCUGGACAAUGUGUUGCUGGACCACACCGGCCACAUCAAGAUUGCCGACUUCGGCAUGUGCAAGGAGAACAUGUCCGGGGACAAACAGGCCAGCACCUUCUGCGGCACCCCUGACUACAUCGCCCCCGAGAUCCUGCAGGGCCUGAAAUACUCAUUCUCUGUCGACUGGUGGUCCUUCGGAGUCCUUCUGUACGAGAUGCUCAUUGGUCAGUCCCCCUUCCAUGGUGAUGAUGAAGACGAACUCUUCGAGUCAAUCCGGGUUGACUCGCCGUACUAUCCUCGCUGGAUCACCAGGGAGUCCAAGGACAUCCUGGAGAAGCUGCUUGAACGGGACAUAAACAAGAGGCUGGGAGUGACAGGGAACAUCAAAAUCCACCCCUUCUUCAAGACCAUCAACUGGGUUCUGCUGGAGAAACGUGCAGUGGAGCCGCCCUUCAAGCCCAAAGUGAAGUCACCCGGAGACUACAGCAACUUCGACCAGGAGUUCCUGAAUGAGAAGCCGCGCCUCUCCUACAGCGACAAGAACCUCAUCGACUCCAUGGACCAAACAGCAUUUGCUGGCUUCUCCUUCGUGAACCCCAAAUUUGAGAGGCUCCUGGAAAACUGAGGUUCCCGAACGUGUGCCCCAAAAACCCAUCCCAGCCUGGGAGCCUGGGUCAGCCAGCACCGCCUGCCGACCCUGCAGCGCAGGUGGGGCCCACACUUCAUCGGCACCUGCCUGCACCCCACGAUAAGCAACCGUGCAGUUGUCGUGAUUUCUGCUGCUGCCCGCCCCCUGUGUCCCCCAGAGGGGCCUCAGCUCCUGUCCAGCUGGGCUUUCAUGGUACUUCCUCUGUGAAUUGUGUGUGAAUUUGCUUUUCCUCUGCCCUCAGAGGGAAAUUGUAAAUCCUGUGUUUCAUGACUUGAAUGUAGUUAUCUAUUGAAAAAUAUAUAUAUUAUAUAUAUAUUAUAUAUAUAUAUGCACAUACAUAUAUAUAUAUAUAUAUAGGCUGUAUAUAUUGCUCAGUAGAGAAGAAAUGUGGGGGACUGGUGAUAUGUUGAUCUUUUAAAAUAUAUAUAUUAUAUAUAUAUGACACACACCCUCCCCACCUCCUACCCCCUCUCCAGAAGAAAAAGGAGCACAAAGUGUUUGAACCACCAGGUGCUUUGAUUUGUCUGUCUAAAUAAACACCAAGUGGUACCAACCUGGCUGAUGGGACACAUUUGUCCCAGGAAGCUGGUGGCUGCUGCUUCCACUUCCGGCAGCUGUCUUGGACGCUAAACCUAGCUGUUAACUGCAGAUGCAGAACCCCUGGGCUUUCAUGCAAAUGUGUUUGUAUUUAUGGGUUUCCUCUGGCUCCAGAGCUGGGGGCCAAAAGCAGAAAACUUUUCUGGGUGGCUGAGGGAGCCCCAGUUGUCUCUUUGGGGUGAUGGGACCAGCUGCAGAAAGUCCAUCUCAGAAGAAUGAGGGGCAAGUGUGGAAGAGCAGGACAGUGCAAGGGCCAGCCAGAAGACGUGAGCAAAGGUGGCGAGGCCAGCCUAGACUGGGGAGGAGAAGAGGGGAGAGGAAGGAAAUACAGCUCAGACUUCAGGCAGAUGCGGAUUCAAAUCGCAGAGGAGCCAAAAGAUGUGGCUUUUCAGAUGUCACUUAAUCAUCCAAAAUCUCCGUUUCCUCAUCUGUACAAUGGGCCUGAGUUAUUCAGUUUAACUCCUCAAGUUUGUCCCCACCCUUGCCACAGAGGAGUCUGUGUCUGAGUUCUAGAAUCUAUUCCCCAGGAGCCCUGGGGACAGGGAGGGGAGCCAGGUAGGUGAAAAAAGCGAGAAAAUGCCGAGUGGCUGGGUCGGGGUCGAGAGCCUCGCCCCAGUGUGCCCUCGUGCAGCCAGGAAACGGGGGGUGGCCGCUGCCCCCGAGCCUGCAGGCCUGUGUCCCCACCACCUCAGUGGCCUGCUCUCGGCUUCCUGUUUCUUCCCGUCUGUCUCUCUUGGGGCACAGGCCUUGGGAAGGGCCCGCCCUCCAGUCCUUCAGGUCCAGCGCCCCCAGCCCUGGUCCCUGGUGGUAGGUGAGGUGCCCCCAGAGCCUGAUUGGCUGGCCCCGGCAGCCAAGCAGCUGGCUUCCAGCAAGUUCAUUUUCUGAGCUGAGGUACAAGUUUCCACAGCGGGAGAGGAGUCGGAUAUGGAGGGGGGCUGGUGCUGGCCGAGGAGGGGGCUGGGGGGUGUUGAACCUUCCCCGGAGAGACCAAGCGUCCCCUUCCCCCCUGCCCCCACCUGCCAUCUUCUCAGGAAAUGCUUGAGUCCCUGCUGUGCGUCCAGAAGUGGGGCUUUGUCCCCUUGGGCUCACAGUCAGGUCGGGGAGACAUCGGGUGACAGGGGCUGUGCUGGGGCACGAGGGCCCAGAGGAGGAGCCUAGGGACCCUGCUGCCCAGGCCCCAGACAGCCUUGGGUUGGUCCAGAGUGGGUUUGGAACAGAAAUACAGUUGGUGUGUGAAUUCAGAGCCUCUCACCAUCUUUCUGUAGCUCCAAGGUGGGGCCGUGCACCCAGACCCCAUUUCCUCCAGCGUGGGCUGGGGGAAUAAGUAGUUUUUCAGCCAGAGGCAGUGGAGGGUGGCAGGAAGAAUGGGAGUGUGUGUUUAGUCCGCCACCCACACACUGUAACCGCCAUGAGUUUCUUCGGUGGGCCUCAGUUCCUCAUCUGUAAAAUGGCACUAUUACUCCCUGCUGCCUCGUGGAGAUCCUGGCUCUGAGGGACCCCUUGGAGACUGAUGCUGAGUGGUCCUGGGCGAGCCUAGGAGACAGAAGAGCAAGCUACCGGAGAUGCUGCAAAACUGCCUGGAAAGCCAUGCAGCUCCAGACCUGUUCCCAGAGUUGGGUAGGCAUCAGGCCUGCCUGGCGGCCCAAGAAAUGCCUAUAGUGGCUGGGCCCAGAGUCACACUUUCACUGGGAUCGGGGGUCUGGAAACAGGCAGACAGCCCUCCACUUGUCAAGUAGGUUUGCUGGCAGAGCAGCAAGCUUCGGUCCCACCUCAAAUGUGUAGCAGGCCUCACACUCAUGCCGAGCAGACUAACACAGAUGCAGGAGGUCCUGGGGUCAGGGGCAGGGCUCUGUCACAUGCCCCUGGUUUCAAACCCUGCACGUCCCUAGCUGUGUGACCUCAGUAUGUGACGGCCUCCUGGAGCUCCAGUUUCCUCUACUGUAAAUCGGGGAUAGAGGCAGACCGUGUUUGGUUGCGCUUCACUUUAGUGCACUCUGUGACAUCAUGUUCUUUACAAAUGUAAGGUCUGCGGCAACCGUGCGUGGAGCAAGUCCAUCAGUGCUGUUUCUCCAAUGGCAGUUGCUCACUUUGUGUUUCUGUGUCACAUUUUGGUGAUGUUCUGGAUAUUUCAGAUUUUUAGAUAAUUAUUAUAUCUGUUAUGGUGAUCAGUGAUCUCUGAUGUUACUAUCGUAAUUGUUUUGCAGUACCACAAACUGCACCCAUAUAAGAACUUAACCUGUAAUGCUAUGUGUGUUCUGAUUGCUCCACUGACUGGCUGUUCCCCCAUCUCUCUUCCUUUUCUUGGCCUCCCUCUUCUCUGAGACACAACAGUAUUGUGUUGUUGUUGUUUUUUAAACAUAUUUUCUUUUAAAAAAAUAUUAUUUA